AUGAGGUCUUAUUACAAAGGAGAUAGAGAUAUCAUCUUGGUAGCUAUAGAAGGAACAUUCAUAGCUUACUUAUAUGCUCUCUUCUUGGUUCUUGACACCAUAGUUAACUUCAUCUUUUACCAAAGCUGCGUCAAGAACGAUGAGGAUCAAAAGAUUGGUAGGGAAGAUAACACCAAGAUAUGCAUCAGAGGUGCAAAAUGUUUCCAAGAAAUUGUGUGA